AUUUAGUUCACUGUUCAUGUCAAAUUUCCCUGGACCCUAAAACAAAUAAUUUGCUUCUUUCCAGGUUUAAAAAGCUCAUAAACAUUUGAAUUAAAACUUUUUUUUAUUAAUAAAAAGAUUAAUUCCAAUUUAAGUUAUGUUUCUUACUAACGUUUUAUUUAAAAAGGCGAAGAGCAAAUAUAUAAUGGUAAUAAUUGAGAGUGCUGUUUCUGGACACCAAAAGACGAGGAUACGAGAGCGUCUUGCUGAUAAGAUGGAGUCUAUAGAGUUCGAUCCAUAUAUUCAACAAGAAAGUUUGUAUAAAGAAUGCAAGAAAAUCCGAAGUAUGAAGUCCACUUGGAAACCGACAGUCUAUAAACAAAUUUAAUUUAAAGCAAUGUUUAGCAUUCUGUUAGAGUUUUCAAAUUUAAUAUUGAAAUGUAAAACUUUUUACUUUUCCUGAACUUUAUGCCAAAGAGCUUGUUAUAAAAUUGUGUUUUUUAUUUGAUGCCCAAAGAAGUUGUAAAAACUUAUUAAGGCCAAGUAAGAAAUCAUUUCAUGUUGUAGUUCCGCACUGAAGUAAUUUAAAGAUUAUGUGUGUCAUAUUGACGCUUGAAAGGCAAACGUGACUAAGCGAGAAUGUGAGAACUUUACAGUAGACUAAUUUAAAGUUGAAAUAUCUGAAAAAAAAUCUAUUUUAACAAA